GUCAAAAAAUUGAACACACCAGCAGUGUGAGGAGACCUGAAAGUGGCACAUGGCAUGGCAGAGUGUGGCGAUGGAGACAGCAGCAAUGGGAGGCCGUACAGGGACCCAUGACACACUCUGGACCUGGCAGCAGCAUGAGGAGGCGGUACAGGGGCCCAUGGCAGAUUACGGGCCUGGCAGCAGCUAUGGGAGGCCCGUAAUCUGCCAGCACCCUAUGACAAAAAAUGGAACACACCAGCAGUGUGAGGAGACCUGAAAGUGGCACAUGGCAGAGUGUGGCGAUAGAGACAGCAGCAAUGGGAGGCCGUACAGGGACCCAUGAGAGACUCUGGACCUGGCAGCAGCAUGA